AAGAUCUGGGAGGGGCGACUGCCGGGGCGAACGCGGUGGGGGGCACGAGGGAGAGUGAAGGGGAGGAGGGAGAGAUGAUGGAGAUGGAGAUUGGGACUGGUGCGGGGAGUGAGGGGAGCGGUGGGACUUGGUCCUCGGAGAGCGGGUUCAGGCCCAUCGCGCCCAUGUCUGCCCCGGGGCUGGUCGGGGCAGCUGGAGGGCUGCACCCUAGACUUGUGGCCGUACCACAGGUUGAUGGCAGCGCCCUCUACGAACACAACAAUACAUCAACAACGUCCACCCACAGGGUGGACAACCCCGCAGGUGAGUUCGUCAUCGAGCCUGUACCGCUGUCGAGCGGAGGGCCUUCGACAUCAAUGCCUGCGGACGACCAGGACGAAGCCGACGAGCCUCAAGACGAGGAAGAUCACGACGAGGGCCAGCACCAGCUCGGAGACGAGACCAGCCUCAGUGAGCGCGAGGCCGUUGUCGUUAUCGACGAGAAGAUCUACGGCAAGGACCCACUGCGUUGCCUCGCGUGCAACAACAAGUCGUUUGCGCGCAAGUACGAGCGCAGGCGGCACGUCGUCACUGUCCACUACCUCAAGAAGGUCCCCUGCGACUGGUGCGGCAUCUUCUUCUACACACGCCGCGAUGGAGUCACUCGGCAUAAGGACGAGAAUUGCCCAGCGAGAGACUUCGAGGAUCGGCACACCAACCCAACGAGAUGGUUCAUGGCCUGGCUGAGUGGACCCUCGGGGUGGCGGUAGGAGUAGAGGUGCGGCGGGAUCAUCGGCAAUGGCGAGCUGAAACUGGAGGUAUAUUCAUUCGCGACCUUGAUUGUGUCGUCGUCAACACGCUCGGAUAUGGUGGAGUAGAGUGAGUGUGCUGGUCUGUGCUGGUAGUCGCUACUAUGUAGUAGGUCACGCGGUCCGUCAGGGUCCUCGCGGUUUACCACAGCACGGCCCCAGCACUUUGUGAAGGACUGACUGAUUUUCUCCCAUCUGCAUUGCUGCUCUUUUCAUGAUGUUUUCAAGAUCGCCUUGGCCCUUGAGUAUCUAUCUGACACUUCUGUGUAUAUUCCCUUUCUCUCCCGCCUGAGUCGUCUCGGCACGCUGUAAUCUAGAGGUU